CUCUAUACUUUUUCCACAAAAAUGCCGACAGGUUUCCAGCCAGCAGAGUCAUUCAUAUCAUUCGGACAGCCAGCUUCUCCACCAUACAAGGGCAACGAAGCAUCCAGCAGCUCCCGCAAAGGAAAGCGAAAAGCCUCAGACACUCCAGCACCAGGAGAGAAGCAAACAAAGAAGAACAAGAAGGACAAGAAGAAAAAGGGUAGCAAAAAGUCCCAGCCUGUUGACGAGCCAGACAAGAAAGAUGGCCUGCCCGGUCUGAGCAAAAAGCAAAAGAAAGCGUUGAAGGAGCAAGAGCAUAAGGCGCGUAAAAGUGACCGGAAGAGGGAUAAUAGUAGGGGGAUAGAAGCCGGACCCAGAAAUAAGAAGGAGGAGCAAAAGGCUGCUGAGAGGCAUGCUCCAUGGACAGAACUGGUAGAUGUGGAUUUGUGUCGCGAUCCUGUUGAUCUUUUGACUGAAGAAAUCAACGCAUUCUACAAAUAUGUCUCCCCGACGAGAGAGGAGUUUGAGGUCCGAUUGUUCAUGAUCGAAUUGAUUACUCGAACUAUCAACAAGCUUUGGCCGGAAGCUGAAGUCACGCCGUUCGGAUCAUGGCAGACUCAACUAUAUCUUCCUCAAGGUGAUAUUGAUCUGGUGGUGGCCCACAAGUACCUUUCAGACGCCAACAAGCAGCGUCUUUUGGCCGAAUUGGGCAAGGCUAUGAGGCAAGCCAAUAUCACCGACGUUGUUGCCAUCAUUGCUCGUGCCAGAGUACCUAUCAUUAAAUUUGUCACGCUCGAAGGCAAGAUCAACGUCGACAUAUCCCUCAACCAAGCCAAUGGUGUUACCGCUGGGAAAAUCAUCAAUCAAUAUCUCGACGCUCUUCCCGGUGCUCGGCAGCUCAUCCUUAUCGUCAAAUACUUCCUCAGUCAGCGAUCAAUGAACGAAGUGUACACCGGCGGCCUUGGAAGUUAUUCUGUCAUUUGCAUGGUCAUUUCCUUCCUUCAACUCCAUCCCAAACUUCGUCGGUCGGAGAUAAACCCAGAACUCAAUCUCGGUACUCUCCUUAUCGAGUUCUUUGAACUCUUUGGCCGAAAUUUCAACUACAACGAUGUUGGUAUCUCCAUUCGACGCGGAGGUUUCUACUUUUCCAAAGCUAGUAGGGGUUGGAUGAAGGGACAAAGUUUCCUGUUGAGUAUUGAAGACCCUCAAGAUAAAGACAACGACAUCUCUGGUGGAUCCUUUGGUAUUCGCCAAGUACGAAAUACCCUUGGCGGUGCCUACGAACUUCUCAGUAUGCGCCUUUUUGAGCGUGCUGAAGAGAUGAGCCGCAAUGCCCGUAGUGGCAGGAGAAGUACAUCAUGGAAGGACAAAGAAGGGGACGACUGGAGUAUCCUCGGUGGUGUUAUGGGUAUCACAAAAGAGACGCUCAAGCAACGUAACGAGCUCACUCGAAUUCAUCUUGAAGGUCGAUUGCACCACAAACUUUCUAUCCCUUUAGGAGCCGACCCUAAGCCAUUCGUCCAGAACUACCGCCCACCCCCCAUUAUCUCUGUUCCCUCUGUCACUGACCACGGACGUGGCGCUUCCUCGCCGCCACCACCUGCCGAAUCAAGUAAGAGGAACAAAAAGGACGUUGGCGCUAUCAUGGUCGAGGACGACGAGCUCGAAUCCGACGAUGAUAGUGACAGCGAUGCGUCGUCCUAUUCCUCCUCGGAUUCCGACGAUUCCGACAGCGAUCCCGUCGCAAUCUCCCCACGCACAGCCAACUCCCGUUCUACAUCGCGUGUCCCACGGGCAGACAUAUCUGAUACCGAGUCAGACGGCAUUAUCGAAAUCUCUCAGCCGUUUGAGUCCUCAGGAAGGGGAAGAAAACCGUUGGGUGACAGCGAGCCUUCAGAGGAUGAGAUUGAGGUUCUUUCAAAUCCUCCAGAGGAAUCCCGUUAUGCCGGUGGCAAGGGUAGAGGCAAAGCGAAGGUUAAGGACGCUUUCCGCCCCCCCACUCCGCCUCUGCCCGGUCAAGAAGGACAGCUGUCCGAUUUAUCUCGCCCCCCUACACCGCCCCUACCGCCUGGAGAAGAGGAGGAGGAAAUAGAUUCUGAUGAAGAAGCACUCCGCCGGAUCCUUGCCGAGUCUGACGGCGAUUUGGGGUCCGAGGAUGAGAUUGGUAAGGAGUGGCAAGGUGCAAUCCAAGUAGAUUCGGACAGUGAUGAGGAAGAGAAGAAGGGCCGAAAGAAGAGAAAGAGGGGUGUUAGAAGUGAGGAAAGGAGAGCAUUUUGGGCUGCAAAAGGAGGUAACAGGCUGGGGCAGAGUUCUGGGGAUAUGAGCGAUUAGAACUGGCGCAUGUUUCAGGCAUCCUUUGCAUAUGGUUCCAUUAUCAUGUAUCAGAAUAGAGAAUUUCAACUAUAGCGGGCAUAUUCAGUAAUUCAGGUUAGGGCAAGUCAGUCCAGGGACUUCCUCUUUGAGGUUUUCUUUUGUUAAAUCUGUUGUUAUGCAAGAAGUCU